GGGUUGAGGCCGUGGAUGGUAGUAGCUUGGAGGGUGCCUAGCCUUAGAGCACAGCAGGUGGGCUGGGGUGGGUGAGUGCAGUUCCCACUCACCCCAAGUUGUCUCGCUGGAGGUUGGGGCUCAAUGUUAUGCAGGUUAGCAGAGAACGUGGCCCCGAUGGGUUUUGGGCCAGGUGAUGGGGACUAUGGGGAAAUCACCACUUGGUGGUAUGGCCUGGGCCACCUCUCCUGGGUAUAUGGGUGAUUCCUGGCUCAAGGGGUUGGGCAGCGUUUCAUCUAGACCAGAGCUGACCCUUCUUGCCUAGGGUUCACGGCUAGGUUAGGCUGGCAUUGUGGUUUGUCCUCAGAGAUUCACACACACACACACCUGGGCUUAGUGAUGCCAGAUGUUUUAACGCUUCAGCUGCUCCUUUGGCUGGAAUUUUAUGCCCUAGGAAAGUGCAGAUUCCUGGAGCGGUGUGUCAUUAAGUCUUCUCAGUACAUUACACUUCAGUGGAAAUUAAGUUUUAGAUUUUUUUUUUCAGAGUGGCUUUUAGUGGCUGGGGGCUUCUGGAGGAGGUGGUCUGAUGGGCAGGGCGGGAGUGAGGCCCGGCUAGGUUGGGGUGCCAGAGUGCCCAAGACCAUGCCUGCCUGGGAGGUUUGGCCGCUGGGGUUUGCAGGCCAGGACAAAGAGCAGAGGCUGGCUGUCUUGCCUUUGCCUCGUGUUCAUGCCCUGGAGUUCGGACCCAGGGGAAGGGGCUGGAGCUGCCCAGACCUCUUGCGCCUUCCUGAUGGGCUCCCGGCCUGAGUGGGUGGUCCAAGGUACCUUGGUGGAUUUGGGCCUUCUCCACAAGGUGGACUCAGCCUGUGGGGGAGCUGAGGAGGGAGCAUGACUGAGCCCUAGCUCUAGUCCAGCCUUCAGGGUGGGGAGGAGGGCUGUGGGGGGGCAGCUUCUCCUCGAUUUGGCCUCUAGAAUCCCCUCCGCCUGGCUUCUAGGGGUGCCCUGAGCCAUCAUCCCCAUGCCAUCCCAUCUCCAAAGGCUGUCUCUGCCCCAUCAGUGUGUGUAUCUGCUGGGUGAGGCCAGGCCAGGAGGCUGGAGCGCUGGCUUUCCUGACACUGCCCCUCCCCCUUGUGCUCACACACACCUUUGAUUAGGAGGCAAUUGGCUGCACUGUGCUGAGUUCAGGCCUUCUGCGGAGGGUGAAAUCUGUUGAGGAAGCACUUUUCUGUGUGAUCUCUUCAGGAAGUCACCGCUGUGCUCAGCAGUCAGGGGUGGAGGGAGCAUGGGGGUGGGAAAGCUGGUGCUGAGGCCUUUCCUUUGGGCCAACAGUGGUAGGACCCAGAGUCGUGCCCCUGCACCCCAGCUUGUGCUCUGCCAUGAGGGCCUGGCCCAGGCUGGGCAUGGGGCUCUGAGGACCUUCUCACCUCCAGCUGUGGUCUGCUUAGCCUCUGCUCUGGAAGAACUGGGUGCUGGAGCUUCAGGCCUGCCUGAGACCCUGGGUGGCCUGAUUGUGGGGAGACGCCUGUGGCCUCCUUGCCUGCAGCCUCGCCUCCUGGUGCAAGGCUGGAGUGCCUGCUUGCUGUGCCCCCGGGUUAUGACGACCCCCAAUAAAGGAAACAAGGCCUUGAAGGUGAAGCGGGAGCCGGGCGAGAAUGGCACCAGCCUGACCGAUGAGGAGCUGGUGACCAUGUCGGUGCGGGAGCUGAACCAGCACCUGCGGGGCCUGUCCAAGGAGGAGAUCAUCCAGCUGAAGCAGCGCCGGCGCACACUCAAGAACCGCGGCUACGCCGCCAGCUGCCGUGUGAAGCGCGUGACGCAGAAGGAGGAGCUGGAGAAGCAGAAGGCGGAGCUGCAGCAGGAGGUGGAGAAGCUGGCGUCCGAGAACGCCAGCAUGAAGCUGGAGCUGGACGCGCUGCGCUCCAAGUACGAGGCCCUGCAGAAUUUCGCCAGGACCGUGGCCCGCAGCCCCGUGGCGCCAGCUCGGGGCCCCCUUACUGCCGGCCUGGGGCCCCUCGUCCCCGGCAAGGUGGCCGCCACCAGCGUCAUCACGAUAGUCAAGUCCAAGACGGACGCCCGGUCGUAGGGACGUAUGCUUGCCCAGGCGGGUCUUCGAGGGGCCACUAGGCGCAUGGCGAAUUCGGCAGCCCUGUCCCCCUCUUCCUCCUCUCCCCUCCCCUCUUCCUUUCCUACCUCCUUCCUUCCCUGCAAAGCACAACCUGCACCCCAGGGGCGCUGGGCUGAGCCCCUUGAUCUCGUCGUUGUCAUCAUGUGUUUUGUAUGUUGGGAUUGGUCAGUUCGGUGGUGACGUGGGGCCGCCCCAGCCCCCUUUAUACCAAGGCCAUGUAGGCUUGGAGUCCAGAGUGGCCCUGUGUGAAUGGACAGAAAGAUCGAGCAAACACUAGGGGCUCGGGGAUCCCUGAGCAGGGAGCGUGCUAGGCCAAGUGGCCCAUAGGCCCUGGCGGCUGCCCGGCUGGCAGGGGCCUGGGUAGUUCACAGAUCGGCCAGUGGCAUAGAUGGGCUCUGCUCUGAAGAGGAUGUCCUCGAGGACCCUGGACAGGCAGGCCACCAGCCUAGGUGCUGGGGGGACGGGGCGUCGUGCGGCUGUGGGCCCAGGGCCUCAGCACGCUCGCCUGACGCAUUGCACUGAACAAGACCAAACCACUGGUUGUGAGCGUACGUGAAGGGUGUGUCCAGUGUCCUACGAUGGGUCCCGUGUCACUGUUUACAUGACCUACUUGUGUGGUUACAUAGCCCUUUAUUUAAAAGAGAGAAGUUCCUUUUACGAAGUUAUUAAAUUAUAUGUUUAAAAGCUAAAGAAAAAAAAAAAGAACU